ACAGGGGACGUUCUUUUUGAAACACCGACAAUAAAAUACAGCCUGUUAUCGAUUUCCCACAAAACUAUCUGAGCGUCCGUUGAACCUGGACAAUUAACACGGUGGAAAUUAAGAGGGUUUCUCGCAACAGGAUGAAUUAUUCGCUCCAUCUGGUGCGCUGUUCCAGGUGAAAAUCAAGGAAACGAUUUCUCUGUUUCCCACGAACGCAAUUUCGAACAUGAGGGUGGAAAAUGUGGUGCAGUGUGCAAAAAUCGAUUCGCGGAUCACAAACCGCAGCCUGUCUGGAUUUAAUCCGAAAGAAAAAUACAGGAUCGGGACAGGUCCAUUGUGUCGCAGGAUUUUUGAUCCUCGAGAUCGAGAGAUAACCGAAGGGGAUCAGAUUUAAAUGGCAAAUCCCUGGGGCACGUGUGCGCGUUUCACUCGAUCUGUAUGAGAAGUUAAACACGAUGGAGGGGAAAAAAUUUACUACUGCAACAAGGAGUGUCUAGCCAUUAAAAAAUCCUUAUAUUAUCACUUUGCAAACUGUUCUUGAAAGAUUUUGCGUUUUAAUAUCCAAUGUUCUGGAUGCUUUUGUGGAAAUUCAUCGUUUCUCCAUUGAACACCCUCCCUGCGUGUAACCGAUUUUUCAUGGUGCAUCCUCACACCUAGGGACCCGUGUUCAACACCUGGUAGUCGCAGUUGCCCCCAGGAACAUUCUGGUAUCCACUCGAAGUACGGCUCAGCCCUAAGUGUCUAUUAAUUUAUACCCAGCGGGAGUGUGAAAUCGAUUUAGACUCGGACUUAAUUCAUUUUCCAGUUUCAAUAUGUUCGCAACCCUAUCAGAAGAUGUACAUAUUGUAAUGAUUAUACCGUUCAGUGAAAUCUGAGAAAGAGUUCUCACAUUUUAUUCAUAUCAGUUUAUAGCUACAAUUCAAGGUGUUUGCUGAAACAUGUUUGUCCGUUACGUAAAAUCGUAUAUACACCAUGUACAUGUUUAUCCUGAAACAUCCGGUCACCGUUGGACGAUCGUGGGCGUAAUCGAGCGAACCGUCUAAAUCGGGAUGUUACCCCCUGCGGUGUCCUCGUGGCUGGAACCUCUACCAGGAGGGCACGAUCCCCUAAACGUUCCACGCUUCGAUGCACCACCUUUACCCCAUGCUCCUCGUGUCCAAAGGAUCGAUUCGUUAUCGUAAAACGUCCCAAUGUCGACGAAUUUUCAAGAUAAAGAUCGGUCCUGUAUGCCGAAUAAAAGCUUGCACGGACCGAUCGGACGAUAAACAAUAUGAAGGUAACUGUAUCCACGCUCAGCGACGACAUCUUCGUCCUGGAUGUCAUCGAGGAUAUGGAACUGGGGAAUUUCAAAGCUCUCUGCGAAAGCGAAUGCAACGUUCCAACCCAUGAGAUGAUGAUAGCCUUCAACGGACUACCGCUGAUUGACGACAAAAAGUCGCUGAAGGACCACGGCAUUCAAGACGGUGACAUAGUUAUUUUGCAGCACAUGCAUCAGAGCGGGACCGACUUAAACCUUCAUCCCUUAAACGGAGCUAUUCCCAUGUGGGACUUCAGUUCCAUUAGAGUACCAGGAACAUCCAGAAGGGAAGAUGAUCCAGAGAUGAUAAGGGAGAUGCUUUUAGCUAAUCCAGAUCAGUUGGCUCUGCUCAAUCAAAAUAAUCCUGAACUGGCUGGUGCUCUAAUUGCUGGAAACUUGGAGACAUUUUCCACUGUGCUUAAAGAGCAAAUAAAAGUUAGAGAAGAACGCGAAGCACAAAGGGUGAGAAUGAUGUAUGCUGAUCCAUUUGAUACAGAGGCACAAAGGUAUAUCGCCGAAGAUAUCAGACAAAAGAACAUUGUGGCAAACAUGGAAGCUGCAAUGGAAUACAAUCCUGAAAUUUUUGGAUCGGUUGUUAUGUUAUAUAUUAAUUGUAAAGUUAAUGGAUUUCCUGUUAAAGCCUUUAUCGAUACAGGUGCACAGUCAACAGUAAUGUCCGAAGCUUGUGCAGAAAGAUGUCACAUAAUGAGAUUAGUCGAUUCAAGGUGGGCUGGAAUAGCUCACGGAAUUGGAACCCAAAAUAUUAUCGGACGUAUCCACAUGGUACAAAUUCAAAUUGGGAACGAUCACUUAACAACUUCAUUUGCUGUCCUAGCAGAACAAAACAUGGACAUGUUGCUUGGCUUAGAUAUGUUAAAAAGGCAUCAAUGCUGCAUAGAUUUAAAGAAAAACGUACUAACAAUUGGUACCACUGGUGCUGAGACACCAUUCUUAGCGGAAGGUGAAUUACCAGAAUGGCUCAGGUUAAGCGGUUACAACGAUAUGAGCUUGCUUGGCAUCGAGGAUGAAAAAGUGCAUGAUAAAAGCCGCCCUCAUAGAGCAGUGGAAGACUCGUCGCAUGAUGUGAAGAAACAACGUCGACAAAACGAGGGUCACAGCAGCAGUAGUGCAAGCGGGACAUCGAGUAGAUUAGGAGCAAUAGAGGCAACAAUUUUUGCUCACGAUCCAUUCACAGAGGAAACAGUGAAGGAAAUCGAAUCCCUGGGUUUCGGCAGAUUACACGUUAUCGCGGAAUUGCGCAGAUUUCACGGAGAUAAGGCGAAGGCGACUGACUCGUUGUUUACAAAAUUCCGAUCUUAAAGUUACAGAAGAAAGAAAAAUGUGAAUGUUCUGUGUCUGUGCAGUAAAAUUAGGGGAAAGAAGAUUUAUACUUGAUUUUUGGUAGCAGUUUUUAAUAUUAACGUUAAUGAUUGUACAUUUGAUGCACCAAACGACCAAACGAUGCUCAAGCAAGCAUGUUCGUUGCUCGAUAGUAGCAUGGAAUCGUAUUUUGGAUCUUUCUUUUUUUGCUACGUACGAAGAAUUUAUAAAGAUAAACUGUUGGAUUACGACAGACGAGUCGACGUGCUCUAAUAUUUAAACCAUAAUUAUCGCAAUACAUAAUUUUAAGGGCAGUAAAUGGUGAAUUAAAAUACUGUUUUAAAUUAA